AUGAGAUCAAGCAAAGAUGGUAGUGGUACAAUCCCCGGGAUAAUUUCAAGUCAUAGUGAGAAAGGAAAAUCUAUUGUAGAUGUGGUAGAGGUGAUAAAUGAGGCAAAUGAUGUGACUAAUACAUACUCAGGUGGAUGUGAGUAUGUUAUGUCUGACUCGGAAGAUGAAGACUGGAAAAUGCAAAGUGAUGAUGGCUUUAAAGAUAUUAGUAAAAGUGGAAGUGAAGAAGAGGUGCACUUUGAAGAUGGGGAUGGCUCUGAAGGUGAUGAAGCAUCUAUUGGAACUGAUGACUUAUCAGAUUAUGACUCCGAUGAGUUCCAUGCACCACAAGUCCGUAGGGCAAGAAGUGUUUUUGAUGUUGAAGGAAAAGUCCAACUAGAGGAUGGUAUGAUAUUUGAUGAUGUGGACCAUUUUAGGAGAGAAUUGAAAGAUUAUGCAAUCCAAGAGGGUUUUCAUCUUCAGAGAAUAAAAAAUGAGAGGACAAGGGUAACUGUUAUUUGUGCUGAUGAUGGUUGUCAGUGGAGAAUUCAUGCAUCACCGACUGAAGAUAAAAUCACUUUUAUGAUAAAGUCUUUUAAUCCUCAGCAUACUUGUUCUCAAAGAAAAGACAAAAACCCGGAUGCAACAUCAAGAUGGAUUGCUAACAAACUUGGUCCACAACUCAAAGCAGAUCCUGAGUUGUCUACUAAUAGUAUUAGAGCCAUGUUAUGGAAGGAUUAUAAGAUUCAACCAAGUUACAGUCAGAUUUGGAGGGCACGUCUUCUUGCAAAAGAAGUAAAUGAGGGUAGCCAUGCCAAGUCGUAUUCCAAGCUUCCAAGGUAUGGAGAGAUGGUUAGGCAAACCAAUCCAGGUUCAAUGUUUAAUCUUCAAUUCAUUUCAAGAACUAACAUGGCCGACAAUCCAGUGUUUAAAAGGUGUUUUGUUUGUUAUGAAGCAAGCAAAAGAGGGUUUCUUAAUGGUUGUAGGCCAUUUAUUGGGUUGGAUGGAUGCCAUCUGAAGGGAAAGUUUGAAGGGACACUAUUGGCAGCUAUUUCUGUUGACGGGAACAAUGGAUUAUUUCCACUUGCCUAUGCUGUUGUUGAAUCUGAGUGCAAAGACAGUUGGCUGUGGUUCCUUCAGAAUCUGUAUACUGCAUUGUAUUCUACAUCAGAUGACAUGGGGUAUUUAACUUUCAUGUCAGAUAAGCAAAAGGGGUUAACUGAUGCAAUUAAGGAGGUUUUCCUUGAAUCACAUACAAGGCAUUGCAGUAGGCAUUUGUAUGCAAAUUUCAGGAAAGAUUAUAAAGGUGAGAAGCUAAAAGCUUUAUUUUGGACUGCAUCAAGGGCUUACAGAGAAAUUGAGUGGACAAAGGCAAUGGCUGAGAUCAAGAGUAUAAAUCAAAAAGCAUAUGAUUUUCUGAUGGAAAACCAGCCUAGUUCAUGGUCAAGAUGGGCAUUUAAUCACCAAACAAAAAGUGAUCACAUAACUAACAACAUGACAGAGUCCUUCAAUAACUUGGUAGGCCCGUAUAGAGACAAACCCAUCCUAUAUUUGAUUGAUCAAGUGCGGAUAAGUUUGAUGGAUAAAUUACAUAAGAGGUUUGAGCAAGCUUGUUCUUACAAGGGGACUUUGACACCAAAGAUUAAGAAGAGAAUGGAUGUGAUCCACCAGCAAUCAAGAUCUUGUGUGGCCCUAUCAGCAGGAUAUAAUGAAUUUGAGGUGAACGAUGGCACAUCAAGAUUUGUGGUAAACUUGAAUACUCGAAAAUGUGGGUGUCAAGGAAAUAUCUACAAGCCUAUGAGAACAUGA